UCAUUGCUACACUCAUUGCAAACCACUACUGAAUUAGUGUAUUAUUAUUAGUACUGUAUUUGAAAUUACUAUUAAUAUUACAGUUAGUGUUCACUAUCACCACAACUGUAUCACUGAAUCUCCACUCAAUAAUCGCCAAUUCAUUUGAGCCCUCAUUUAAAGCACAUUUGCACUGAAGUCGUGAUCACUCGUGAGAAACUGUCAAUCAAUCUGAUCCGUGGAAAUGGCAGAGAAUCGAGAAGAUAAUGUCUACAAAGCAAAGCUCGCCGAACAGGCCGAGAGAUACGAUGAGAUGGUUGAGGCCAUGAAAAGAGUGGCCACAAUAGACGCCGAUCUGACUGUGGAGGAGAGGAACCUGUUGUCUGUGGCCUACAAGAACGUGAUCGGCGCCCGACGGGCCUCGUGGAGGAUCAUCAGCUCCAUCGAGCAGAAGGAGGAGCUCAAGGGGUCCGAGACUCGCAUUGAGUUGAUUAAGACGUACCGAAUCCAAGUGGAGAAGGAGUUGAGAGACAUUUGUCUCGAUAUACUCGACGUGUUGGACAAACACCUGAUCCCAAGCGCUUCGACCGGUGAAUCCAAAGUGUUUUACUACAAGAUGAAAGGCGAUUAUCACCGAUACUUAGCUGAGUUCGCGUCGGGAAACGACCGCAAAGAGGCGGCGGAGAACUCGCUGGUGGCCUAUAAGGCGGCCUCCGAUAUAGCGAUGACAGAACUCCCGCCGACACAUCCCAUACGCCUGGGUCUGGCCCUCAACUUCUCAGUGUUUUACUACGAAAUCCUGAACAGCCCGGAGAGGGCCUGUAGGUUAGCGAAGGCUGCCUUCGACGACGCGAUCGCAGAACUCGACACUCUCUCCGAAGAGAGCUAUAAAGACUCGACUCUUAUAAUGCAAUUACUUAGAGAUAACCUGACGUUAUGGACAUCCGAUAUGCAGCACAACGGCGAUGGCGAACAAAAGGAGUCUUCUGGCGGAGCGCCGACCGAAAUACUGUAUAUUAAGCGAAGGAAUCAGAUCUUAAGGGAGAUAUCUAAACGUGAAUUGAAUUCUUAUCGCAAACAAUAUCUGAAACUUCGGUCACAACUGUUGAGUCAAAAAUAUGGCAAUUCAUGCGACCAGUCAUCCCGCAACCGAUACGUCCGAAGCAAUAGUAACAGUCGAUUGGCUUCGGAAGACUCGAUGGACUCGAGGUCUGGUCGUCAGCUGUGGUCAGCCAUACAGUCCAUACAAUCGGAUCCAUUCUAUGACCGACUCAUACCUAACUUCGGUCUCGACCUGAGCCGUCAUAAUGUGGUGAAUGCCUUCUCCGAGAACUACUCCUUCUCAGGGAUGCACCACAUCUUCGAUCAGCACAAAGAGGCCGUCACUUCCAUCCGCUUCGCCAACGACGACAAGUCUCUACUCUGUUGCUCAUCCAUGGACUCGACUCUAUCCAUAUGCCAAUUGACUCCAUCGCCCGCAACCAUACUCUAUGUCUUAAGGGGUCAUAAGGCGGGUGUCAUAGACUUCGAGUGGUCGCUGUCUAAUGACCUCAUAGUGAGCUGUUCUCUGGACGGAAGCGUCAAGUUAUGGGGCGCCGCCUCUGGUUAUUGUCUGCGAACUAUUGAUGACCCGAACGGGUGUCCAGUGAUGGCCUGUACUUUCCAUCCCUAUAACAACAAUAUGGUUGUGGCGGCCAAUGCCAAGGGAUGUCUCCAAGUGCUGAAUGUGUCGACCGGUAUCUACACGAAGAGGGGAACGUUUGACGGCGACGAACACAACUCUAUUCUGUGUCUGUGUUUCGACACUACGGGACACACCCUAUGGGUCGGCGACUCCAAGGGCUUCAUCUCGUCGUUCAUAUUUGAGAUGAGAAGCUGUCGACUGGUGUUAGUGAACAAAGUGAUAGUAGUGGCCGGUUGUGCCAUCACAAGCAUAUCGAACCGCUGUGUGUCUGGUCUGACCAACAGUGAGCCCUUACUGCUGGUGAACAGCGCCUGCAAUGCGUUGCUAUUGUUUAAAGUGAUCGCCAGAGAGGCCAACCUCGAGAUCAUCCAAAGCUUCUCCAUUAAGCAUCAAAGCAAAGACCUUAUGAUUCGGAGUUCCUUUUGUCCGAUUAUCUCGAAUCGAGAGGGCAUUUUGAACGCAUUGAUUCAGUUCCAGAAGUUGGGUGACGGAGACUAUAACAAGAAACCCAUAUAUGAGACCCACUUCUUCAACAUCAUUGAAGAUAUCAUACAACUAGUCAUCUGUUCGUUAGGCAUAUUUGCGGCCAUUAGUGAAGACUUCCGAAGAGUUCUCUAUUUCGGAAUCUGUAUCUCAGCCUUACUUUUGGUACAAAUAGUUGUCUUAUGUCUGCAUUUCUCUUCGUCGUCACUCGUGACGGUGCUUAUAGUCAUAGGAUUGGUAGCCAUGGCUUGGCUUUACUUACAUCAGAUCGCUCUCAAGUUAAAGCUCCCCUCCGAUGCCUCCGAUGAAAGAAUGUUUGUCAAAAUAAGUCGGCAAUCAAACAGUCCUCAUUAGACUCACACCAAUCAACUCUUCACACAUUAUAAGCAAUUCAAUAUUAAUUAUCGAAAAUUUUUCAUUAUUCCGA